AUGGAUCUUCCGCCUCCUUCCACCAUCCCCUCCCUCCCCCAGGAGGCUCAACUACGUGUGCUGGAUACACUCUUCGAAUCAUCACCCGAAAUUCACAAAUUGAUGAUCCCAGUGCUGGCCAAUCAGAAAUUCGAAUCAUACAGCUACCUCAUUGAGGCAGUAGGAGGUCGCAUGUCUGCUCUCUCUAUCGAUAAUUCUCCUACCGAUCGAGAUGUGCUCUUUGGUAUCCUAGGGUCCCACCCCCGACUCGGUCGGGCGCCCGCGAACCCGGAACAUCUGAGCGAGCUGAGUCGCAAGGAACAAGAGCAAUUGAAUACCGGUGCCGAGGAACAAGCCGAGAAAUUACGAGCUUUGAACGCUGAAUAUGAGACUCGAUUUCCCGGGUUAAGAUUUGUCUCGUUUGUGAACGGCCGAAGCCGAGAUGUGAUCAUGGUCGAAAUGAGACAGCGAAUCGAUCGAGGUGAUCAAGAAAAGGAAAUUGAGGAAACUAUUCAGGCUAUGUGCGACAUCGCCAAGGAUCGCGCGAGGAAAUUACAGGCGCGGAUCUGA